GCGCCCCCAAAAGCAAGGAAGCCUUCUAACGACAUCCUCUAAACGCUGCCCCUCGCGCUUUUUUUUGCAGCUCAAGCGACAAUUGGCCAUGAACCGACCGGUCUUUGCAUUCAGUUCCGAAUAGAUUCGAUAUAAACGACACGCACCAUGAGGUGCUACGCCCACUUCGGCCGCUUCAUCUACCGUUCCUCUCUAACACAAGCUUUCGCCUCGACACGUUCGGCUGGCUUUGGCCGCGCACAGUUUCGGCUGAUUCAUACAGCAAAGGCACAAUGGAAGCGGGGUGCUAGGGGCAAGAUACUGCUGACGGCAUCUGCCGGCGCUGCCGCUGCAGGUACAUCGGCGUUCGUCGAGCUCUCGCGCAAGGGCAAUGGCGGCGAUCCGACAGAGACGGGCGAGCAUCGCAUGCUUGAGCUAUCGCGGCAGGAGAUCCAGAAAAAGGUUGCCGACGAUGAUAGAGGAGCGUCGCGCGUGGUCCACAAGAUCAUGCUCUUUAUCGACCUCUGGAUCUGGGAGCCGAUAUGCACGGGUGCCAGGUUUCUCCAGCUAGUCGUCAUCUUUGUUCCCGUCAUCAUCUGUGUGCCCGCCAUCUGGGUUGGCAGCCGGAAUCCCGAUAGAGAUAACGAGCGAUCCGGUACGCUGUGGUGGUACAACUUCUUGGUCAAGGCCAUGGAGCUUUCAGGACCAGCAUUCAUUAAGCUGGGCCAGUGGGCAGCAUCCAGAUCCGACAUCUUCCCAACCGAAAUGUGCGACACAAUGUCCAAGCUUCACUCCAACGCACCGGCUCAUUCGAUGCGCGUCACUCGCAAAACAGUGGAAGCCGCUUUCAACGGUCUGCCGUUUGAGGAGAUCUUUGAGGAGUUUGACGAGAAGCCCCUAGGCGUUGGAGCCAUUGCCCAAGUGUACAAAGCUAAGCUGCGCCCGAACGUAGCCGCUCCUGCGGAUGGAGACAUACAGACAGAACCCAAAGAUCUAGCGCAGAACGUGGCUCAUAACGUUCACACAGUUCUGAAGAGCACGCCGGUACGCGUACCCUCGACCUACGUCGCGAUCAAGGUCCUACAUCCCCACGUCGAACGGACCGUGCGGAGAGACUUGAAGAUUAUGGGCUUCUUUGCUUCGCUGCUUAAUGCUAUCCCAACAAUAGAGUGGCUUUCGUUACCGGACGAGGUCGAGCAAUUUGGUGAAAUGAUGAAGCUACAGCUGGAUCUGCGCAUCGAAGCAGCCAAUCUGGCCAACUUUCGACAAAAUUUCAAGGACCGAUCUACUGCCUGGUUCCCUUACCCUUAUACCGACUUCACCACUAGAAACGUCUUGAUUGAGGAGUUUGCUCAAGGUAUUCCUUUGGCAGACUUCAUCGAGAACGGAGGCGGUGUUUUCCAGCAUGAAAUUGCCAACGAAGGACUUGACGCAUUCCUUCGCAUGCUUUUGCUCGACAACUUUGUGCAUGCUGAUCUCCACCCUGGCAAUAUCAUGGUUCGCUUCUACCAGUCCGCUAAGCCCGAAAUCCCUCUCACCAGGUCUGUCGAUGCACCACCAACAAAGGAUCCAUCAGACGUUACUGAACAAGUUUUGGAACGCCUCCGGCCCUACAGACACCGCAAAGACUUGAAGGCGUGGGAAGAUGAGCUGCGCAAGAUUGAUGACGAAGGCUUCCGACCACAGCUCGUCUUUAUUGACACUGGACUUGUUACCGAACUCAAUGCUACCAAUCGUGAAAACUUCCUCGCCUUGUUCCGCGCUGUGGCAGAGUUUGACGGCUACAAGGCUGGUAACCUUAUGUGCGAGAGGUGCCGUCAGCCAGAUGCCGUGAUUGACCAGGAAGUCUUUGCUCUCAAGAUGCAGCACCUCGUUCUCAGUGUGAAGAGCCGCACCCUGGCUCUCGGAAACAUCAAGAUUGGCGAUAUUCUGCAGCAAGUUCUGGCCAUGGUUCGCAAUCACCACGUCCGAAUGGAGGGCGACUUUGUCAAUGUCGUCAUUAGCAUUCUACUGCUCGAAGGCAUCGGCAGAAGUCUGAACCCAGACGUCGACCUGCUAAGCAGCUCGCUUCCCAUUCUAAGACAACUGGGUGCCCAGAGUGGCGGGCAGCUAGCAAAUGGUGACUUUUUCUUUUUUACAGUCUGGGUUGGUCUGGAAGCACGUCGCUUCCUCCAAGCAAGUAUCCAAGACGUUGAGAGAUGUGUUAAAUAUGAUCUCCUAUCACCGAACGUAUAAACAUACAGGUAUAUACAGAUAGAUGGCAGUUUAAAGCAUUUGGAAGGUCUAGAGUAGAUAUUUUGGAUCGGCGCAUAUUACUGGGUAAAGGUGCAUGGCGUACUGAAUUAGGGUUAUUUUCUUCAACAGUUAAUAUUGAAAGCUAAAGUCUCCAUUCAAUUAUAUUUGCUCAUCGAAAGCAGCGUAUAGACUGGUAUUAUCGCUUCUAUGUUCGUCACUGGACGCUAUGUACGCUGUGCUAGAGUCUCUUUGACUGGUAGGAAAUGCGCUAUGUCAUAAAUAUGUAUAUGUACAGGAUGGAAUAAUAAAAGAAACCAUGUAAACCGAAAAAAGAGAGGUCGUUUCAAGACAAGUCUCAAGAGAAGAAUGGGUAUGAUAACUACUCGGCGCUGUUGCUCAACUCGACUGGGCGAUCCCACAAGCUGCGCAAGUUUAGAGAUAUGUCACUCUCCUCUUCGCCUGUCAAACUGGCAUCGCUGAGACGCUCACUCAGACGAGACAUAUCGUCGCCAUCAAAGCUGGAGCCUGCGCCAUCGGCACGGAUAGUGGCAACACGUCGCGACUGCGCUGUUUGGCGAGGGUCUGGCAUGCUAACGUUGCGUGCAUGACGCGUGGUGCUGUCCACCGGGCGUUUGCCGUUGACAAUAACGUUGUUACCAAGCGGAAUCUUUUGAUUCUUCUUGAUGCUAGGCAAGCGGCCUAGACGAUUUAGAGAACGGGAGAUUGGGUUUUGGUAUCGGCGGACGACCAGGUACUCCAUUCCCGUCUUUUCUAGUAGUCGUCCAACCCUGGGAUCACGGCUGGUGCCGCCAUCAAAACCAGGUCCGCCGACACCAAUCCACGGGCUGGUACCUACAGCACCGCUACCGCCAUUGACGGAUUGGCCUGGCUCAAUGACCGAGCUCGCGCGCUGAAGGUUUAGCUUCUGCUGUGUGCGCGAUGUUUCGGCUGGGGGCGCGGAGGGGCGGGAUGCUGACCGUGGCACAAGAGCGCUGUUAUCCAGGCGCGGCGUCGAGUCUCCGUUUCGCUCUCUCCUUAGCGAGCCAGCAAUGCCAUUGCUAGAAUGUAUUCUUCUUGCAUCAAUCUCAUCGGAGCGGGAAAACUCAUUGGUGUGAUGGUAGAAGGAGCCUUCAUUUGAUAGACCAGGCGUAGAGGUUUCAACAAAUCUCGACGUCAGGCCAUCAUGAGGGCCUUUAGAAGUGAUGGACUCAUCGCGAUCUGUCAGAUCUGGUGAUUGGUGCGGUGGAGUCGCCUUUGCAAUUUCCGCGGUCAUCUUGGGCGGCGCCCCGUACGAGGCUGUUCGUUUGAGUAACCUGGAUGUCAAGUAUGCCUGGUGCUGUGUGCGUUCGCGAUCCUCAGCGCUUGGCUCUACUAGCGUCUGCGAUUCACUGCUUGUAGUGCUUGUGGUUUCGCGGACCUCGUUGGGCGUUUCUGGCCGUGAGUUGGCAGCGCUAGAGAAACCAGGGCGAAGAGAGUUUUGACCGCUGCUAUUGAUGGAGCCCUUGCGUGAGAGAUAUGGCGAGUUGGAACCACUAGCAUCUACCCAUUCGUCUUCGUCAGCGUCGUCAACGCCCAAAUCAAAGUGAACCUGGCCCUUGGCCGCCUUUUGAGUUGAAGAGCUGGGACGGUUAAUAGCUGUGCCACUGGAUGCUCGUUUUAACUUGUCGGAAGAUUUAUUGCGCUUAUUGACCUCGACUGAGGAGCGGUGACGUUUAAGAUUGGUAUGCGAUGUGUUUUUGAACAGAUUGCUUGCGGAGCUGUCGCGCGAUAAUUUCAGCUCCGUCGUUGCACGGCGCUCUGCAGCGGGGCGUUGCUGAGCGUCGCGAUCUGAGGGGGACGUUGCUCGUUUGUUGAGGCGGGUGGUGCUCUGGGACUGCUGAUGAGACUUUAAAAGUAGCUUUGAGGACGGGACUCUGUGGUGGUGACGUCCAACGUGGUGCUGUUUCUGGUGCUUUGGGCGAUGCUGGGCAGCCGAUGAGUCGGUCUGGAGCGCAUGGGCGAGAAGUUUUGAUUGGCCGUCCGAGGAUGCGGAUGCGCUGUCAAUGUCCCUGUCGCGAGCCAUGGCGUCGAAGCGGCAGAUGCAGGGCGGAAUUCGGGUGAUUGGUAAACGGGGAUUUUAGUGUUGCAAUGGGGAUUUGACGGGAUGCAGGCUCAGAUGUGCCUGGCCUGCUGCGAAUUGAUGUGUUUGCAGCGAACCAAGCUCAGCGGGCACGACUAUGGACGAGGGGGUAUUCGAGUUGCAGCAGCGACGCGGCAGUUUAGGCUUGCCUUGCUUUUGCAGCGAUGCACGGCGUUGAGGGUGGUGUGGCGUUGGGUGGUGUGUGGUGGUGAAAGGUGUGCGUCGAUGGUUGGACGGUUGGGGGAUAAGGGUGGUCUGCCACGUUUUUACCGAGCAAGCGGGCGUCUGAGGGGCGAUGUUUUGCUGCGGCAGAGGGUGCAGCGGUGUCAGACGGCGGCCAAUUGCGACGAUGUUUGUUGGAAGAGGAUGAGGUGACGAUG